UUCAAGUUAAACAGAUCGGAACAGACCAAACCUUAUAUUAUGGCUUUGUCUUUGGUCUCCUCUGUUUCUUAUUUACAAUCUACAAACCAAUUUCAUUGUUUCUCUCUAAGAAAAGAAAAAUUAAAACUUGGUAGAUUAGUACUAUGGAGCUCUCAUCAGAAGAAUCAUAGAUUGAUUAGACUUAGUAAUCAGAGAUUUGCUGUGAAAAUGUCUGCUUCCACUGUAUCUAUGAGUCUUGGCCAAGCAAAGAAGGUUUGGAUAUGGACUGAGUGUAAAGAAGUGAUGACAGCUGCGGUGGAACGAGGAUGGAACACAUUUGUAUUCUCAUCAGACAAUCGAAAACUAUCUGAUGAGUGGUCAUCGAUUGCAUUGAUGGAUACAUUGUUUAUCGAAGAGAAGCGAGUUACUGAUGGUACUGCGGGGAACGUUGUAGCCUCGGUGUUUGAGGUGUCAACACCUGAGGAGCUAAAGAAGCUUGAGAUUGAAGAUGAACAGAGUGAAAAUAUUGUUCUUGAUUUCUUAGAUUGGAAGUCGAUUCCCGCGGAAAAUUUAGUUGCGGCUCUUCAAGGAAGUGAGAAAACUGUGUUUGCCAUUUCAAAUACUUCCUCGGAGGCAAAACUAUUCCUUGAGGCUUUAGAGCAUGGCCUUGGCGGGAUCAUUCUUAAAUCCGAAGAUGUUAAAGCUGUUCUUGAUCUAAAGGAAUAUUUUGACAAGAGAAAUGAAGAAAGUGAUACAUUAAGUUUGAAGGAAGCUACUAUUACUCGGGUUGAAAUGGUUGGUAUGGGAGACCGAGUCUGUGUUGAUCUUUGUAGCCUCAUGAGACCCGGUGAAGGUCUUCUUGUAUGUUUACCUGUUGGUUCUUUUGCUAGAGGACUCUUCUUGGUUCACUCAGAAUGCUUGGAGUCUAAUUACAUUGAAAGCAGACCAUUUCGAGUUAACGCUGGACCAGUGCAUGCUUAUGUAUCUGUUCCAGGUGGAAAGACUUGUUAUCUCUCGGAGUUAAGAUCAGGAAGAGAAGUGAUUGUUGUUGAUCAGAAAGGGAAACAACGAACAGCAGUCGUUGGGCGAGUAAAGAUCGAGAAGCGUCCACUUAUUCUUGUUGAGGCUAAGCUUAGCACAAAGGAGGAUGAAACGGUUUUUAACAUCAUCUUACAGAAUGCGGAAACAGUUGCAUUAGUCACUCCUCACCAAGUAAACUCAUCUAAAAAAACCGCUGUCCCCGUGACCUCGCUGAAACUCGGGGAUCAGGUCUUGAUCAGAUUACAGGGCGGUGCACGCCAUACCGGUAUAGAGAUUCAAGAAUUCAUUGUCGAGAAUUGAUCAAACACUUUCUGGUAACAUUGAGACAUAUCCAAAUAAAUUUCUUCCUUAUGUAUAGGUUUGAUUAUUUUUGGUAGUGAUAUAUAAUAUUACGAACCAUUAGGAUACUAUUUACAUUUUCAUUUUCUAUAACUGAGAAACCAAUAAACAUUUAGAAUCUAUUUAUAAAAAAAAAAUCAAGUGAACAGCCA